AUGAAUUAUCUUUUCUUCCUCUUUCUCGGGCUCUUCCAACUGGUAUGUGCUGCCCGAUCGGGCACAUAUGAUGCUGGCUGGCCGGUGGGCGAUGCUACGUGGAAGCAAACUGAUUCGGACUUCGAGAAGGAAACAGGUAUCAGCCAAUACAAACUCUUUGAUGUUGAUGGCUUGAUCUACAAGUACCAACUCGAUAUUGUUGUGAGCGAAGUGCAAGGAACUUUUGGGAGUACAUAUUACUUCAUCGAUGCCACCGACCGAUACUCUCUUACUGUUUUCCUUCCUGGCGUGCAUACAGUCAGCUACAACUCCGACGAUCCUUAUAUUCUGUCGGUGAAGGUCGUGGAAGGCUAG